AUGAGGAAGGACCCGACCGAGGCUUUCCAGCGGCCCAACCCCAGUGUGGUCCCGAGCGUGGACUCUCUCGCUGGUUACCUGUGCCCCGCGGGGCUCGACGCCGAGGCGGCCCAGAUGCUGCUGCUCCGCGGCGCGUUCCUCUGGCCCGAAGACCGCGCCCUGCAGCGGCGGGGACGGACCCCGGGGGCGGGUCUCCGGGACGGGGUCCCCGGGUCCGGCCGGGCUCCCUACCUGCCGGCGGGCGCGCGGCGGACAAGGCGUGAACGGCGGGUGCCCCGCGCGCCGGGGGCCGCCGGGGCCCGACGCCCGCGGAGCCGGACGGCAGCGCCGACCCCGCCGCGCCCCGCGGCUCCCCGACCUCGGCCUCGCUCCCCGGCGGCCCCGGCGCCGCCGACGCCGGGCGGGAGGCGCGCGAGGAAGGCGCUGCUCCCGCAGGCGGGCGGGGAGGUCGGGGGCGGCCGGACGGCCCCUCCCGGCGCCGACUCCCGCCCCACAGCGCGGCCCGGCCCGGCCCCUCCUACCUCAGGCGCCGCCGCGGCAGCGUCUCAACGGAGAGCCCCGCGCCUGCGCCUGCGCCCCGGAAGCUCGCGCAAGCGCAGGGCGGUCCGGGAAACUCGCGCAGGCGCAGGGCGGCCCCGGAAACUCGCGGCUUCCCAUCCUGCCCCGCGCGGGCAGGGCGUUUCCGGAAGGGGCCGCGGGCGGCGUCUGCUCGGCUCCGAGGCGCGGCGAGAAGUGCUGCCGCCGCCGUGGCCCGAGGCUAUCCUGGGGUCUCCUGCUAGUGGAAUUCAGAACACAAUUGGUUCUGUAGGCACAGGCCAACAGAACGCCACUUCUUUAAGUAACCCAAACCCCAUAGACCCCAGCUCCAUGCAGCGGGCCUCCACUGCCCUCGGACUCCCCUACCUGAACCAGCCGCAGACGCAGCCGCAGCCUCAGGUUCCCGGCCAGCAACCAGCACAGCCUCAAACUCACCAGCAGAUGAGGACUCUCAACCCCUCGGGAAAUAACCCAAUGAACAUUCCAGCAGGAGGAAUAAUAACCGAUCAGCAGCCACCAAACUUGAUUUCACAAUCAGCUCUUCCAACUUCCCUCGGGGCUACAAACCCGCUGACGAGUGACGGCUCCAGCUCCGGAAACAUCGGCGCCCUCAGCACUAUACCCACAGCGGCACCUCCUUCCAGCACUGGCGUCCGCAAGGGCUGGCACGAACACGUCACUCAGGACCUGCGGAGCCACCUCGUGCACAAACUCGUGCAAGCCAUCUUCCCCACGCCUGACCCCGCAGCCCUGAAGGAUCGCCGCAUGGAGAACCUGGUAGCCUACGCCAAGAAGGUGGAGGGGGACAUGUACGAGUCUGCCAACAGCAGGGAUGAGUACUAUCACUUACUCGCAGAGAAAAUCUACAAGAUACAAAAAGAACUAGAAGAAAAGCGGAGGUCGCGUCUACACAAGCAGGGCAUCUUGGGCAGCCAGCCGGCCCUACCAGCGCCUGGUGCCCAGCCCCCUGGGGUGCCACAGCCACAGCCCGUGAGACCUCCAAAUGGACCCAUGCCCCUGCCGGUGAACCGCAUGCAGGUGUCUCAAGGGAUGAAUUCAUUUAACCCGAUGUCCUUGGGGAGCGUGCAGCUGCCACAGGCUCCUAUGGGACCGCGCGCGGCGUCCCCCAUGAACCACUCUGUCCAGAUGAACAGCAUGGGCUCCGUUCCAGGGAUGGCCAUCUCUCCGCCCCGCAUGCCCCAGCCUCCCAACAUGAUGGGCGCGCACACGGGCAGCAUGCUGGCCCCGGCACCCGCGCAGAGCCAGUUCCUGCCGCAGGGCCAGUUCCCCUCCCCCGGCGGGGCCAUGAGCGUGAACAGCGUGGGCCUGGGGCAGCCGACGACCCAGACCAGCGUGGCGCAGGGGCAGGUGCCUGGUGCUGCUCUUCCCAACCCUCUGAACAUGCUGGGGCCCCCGGCCAGCCAGCUGCCUUGCCCUCCCGUGACACAGUCGCCGCUGCACCCGACGCCGCCUCCUGCCUCCACGGCCGCCGGCAUGCCGUCUCUGCAGCACCCCGCCGCGCCGGGGAUGACGCCCCCCCAGCCCGCCGCUCCCACCCAGCCGUCGACUCCCGUGUCGUCUUCCGGGCAGACUCCCACCCCGACUCCCGGCUCAGUGCCCAGUGCCAGCCAAACCCAGAGCACCCCGACAGUCCAGGCAGCAGCUCAGGCCCAGGUGACCCCGCAGCCUCAGACCCCAGUGCCGCCCCCCUCCGUCGCCACCCCUCAGUCAUCCCAGCAGCAGCCGACGCCUGUGCACGCCCAGCCUCCUGGCACGCCGAUGAUGGAAGAGGACUUGCAAGGAUCUGCUCCAGCCAAAGAAGAAACGGACCCCGCAGAGCCGAAGCCAGAAGCGAUGCAGGUGGACGAGAAGAAGCCGGAGGUCAAGGCGGAAGCCAAGGAGGAGGAGGAGAGCAGCUCCGGCGGCGCGGCCUCCCAGUCCACGUCUCCCUCCCAGCCCCGGAAGAAAACCACGGCAUCCACGGAGCAGCAGGAUGGCCCCCAGCAGCUUCCAGCGGCUGUGCCCUCGGUGGGCAGACGCGCCUGCGAGGCCCAGCACCUCCCGGAGCCCCCGGGACAGCAGCCGAUCGCCCACGCGCUCGCCCCGUCUCCGUGGCCGCCGUGACCCCAGCAGGUGCCGGA